AUGCUCAUCAAGGGGCAACCAAUCAUGGUAAUUGGAGUUAUGGGAGUGACCGGGGCUGGGAAAAGUACAUUUGUCCGCGCCGCCAGCGGAAAUACCGAGGUGGUGGUCGGCCAUUCGUUGGAAGCAUGCACCCAGAAGAUUGCCGCAUUCGAAUUCAACAUCAACGGCCAUAACAUAAUCCUUGUCGACACCCCAGGUUUCAAUGACACGUACCGUUCCGACACGGAGGUCCUUCUUGACCUUGCCAAAUGGCUCGAGGUUACUUAUCGCCAGAACGCCAAGCUCACCGGCAUCAUAUAUCUCCACCGAAUCACUGAUGUGCGAAUGGAUGGCAGCGGCAUGAGAAACCUCAAAAUGUUCCGUAAGCUCUGUGGCGAUGACCCAAUGAAGAACGUUGGUAUUGCCUCUACAUUCUGGGGCCAAAUUGAAGAUGCCAAAGCCGUCGCCCAUGAGGAUGAAUUACGGACAAAGCCGAACUUUUGGGGAACCAUGAUGGAGCAUGGUGCUCAGGUUCGACGCUUCACAGGAACUCAGCAAUCCGCUAUGGACAUCCUGAUGUCUUUCGCGAACAAGGCCACAGUAACACUGGAUAUCCAGCGUGAAUUAGUAGAUGAGGAAAAGCCUUUGGGAGAAACAGCUGCCGGCAACGCCGUAAAUGAGGAGCUAUAUCGGCUGGAAACCAAGUACAAACAAGAGUUGGAUCGCAUUCAGCAAGAGACAGCUGCGGCAAUAGCAGAGACGGACGUCAAGUAUGAAAGAAUUUUGCGCAUGGAGCGUGAGCAAAUGCAACAGAAGCUUGAGCGCAUCCAUAUGGACCAAGACAUACUCCGCCAGGAACGUCGUGAGGAGAUCCGCCGCAUCGAAGGCGAGAAUAAGCGCAAAUUCAACCUACUCAAGAAGGAGUAUGACGACAAAUUCCAACGGCAGCAGCUAGAGGCGGAUCGUUUGCGUGAAGAUGGCAGAGCUGACAUGCGUGAACAAAUGCGCGACAUGCGCCUGCAGCAAGCUAAGCUGUCGGCUGGGUUUCGAGAACAGAUUCAGGAGAUGCAAGAGCAAAACCAAAGGCAGAUGGAGCACAUUAUGUCCGAGAACGACUCUCUGAGAGCUACGGCACAGAACAGUAGGGAGAAAGACGUUGGUGGUAAGUUGGCCACCCUCGUGGCUACAGGCGUUGCGGCGGUUGUAGAUCCGUUCGCUAUUCCAGUUGCUAUUGCCGCACUCGCUGAUUUUGUCAAUGAACUAUGA